AUGUGGAUGACAGAGUUCGCACACAAGCAUCCCAAUGCCAGGAUUAUCGGCUUGGACCUCGAACCAAUUGAUUCUUCGAACACGGCUAUCGCUGACUUAGAGAAAGAAUGGCCUGUCAGUCAUCAGUUUGACUACAUCCAUGCGCGGUGGCUGGUUGGCUGCCUGUUUAACUGGCCGCUCUUCUUCAAGCGGUGCUAUGCCUCGUUGGAAGAGGGUGGGUGGAUGGAAGUACUAGACAUUGGAUUCCCCUGUCAAUCCUCGGACGGCUCCCUUUUCCCCAACAGCGCAAUUUCGAAAUGGAACGACCUCCUGGUCAAGGCCGCGAAGGUUUCCGGUCGCGAGCUUACGGUCGCCGCGAAGUUUGGUGAGUUCAUGCGCGAGGCUGGGUUUAAGAGCGUGACGAUUAUCGAGAAACGGCUGCCACAGAACCCGUGGCCUGAAGACGCAAAGGAGCGCGUCUUGGGAGAGAUUGCCCUGCCCAUUCAUCAGGACGGACACAAGCGACUGGGCCACGACUACCUGAUUCCCAACAUGGGCAUGUCGAUUGAGGAAGUUGAUAUCAAAUUGGAAGUGGUGAAGAAGGAGAUGGAGAAUCCCAACAUCCAUGCCUGGUGGCCGAUCCACAUUGUAUAUGGACAACGUUAG